AUGGCAUCCGCAACUCGUCUCCCGCUCAAAUCGAUUGCGUUUACGACGGCAGUGGUGGCCGCAGCAGGUAUCUCUCAUGUGAAUAUACAAAAAUUACUCUCCGAUGUCUUUACCGGACCGGGAAGCUAUUCGCGGAUUGCAGCUACCGUUGUCAUUCUAGCGAAUUUGAAAAGUUUGCCUGGAGUGUGGCAUUUCCGAGUCUGGAACGCAAUCCUCAAACAUCUCAUCUUCACCAUCCCAAAUAUCCCUUCGGAUCUCGGUCCCGCAUCGCUCUUCCUCCCCGUUAUAACAACCUCCCAUGCUCCCCUCUGGGAAUGCGAUUACAAUCUGCAUAAAUCGAACAGUACCUAUUUCUCUGAUCUCGACGUCACGCGAUCGCAUAUCAUUUGCUGUCUUCUAGAACCGGGCAUUCACGCUCUGCAAGCGAAUCCGAAAAACAAACUCGUGCUGGAUAAAGAAGGGAAAGCGGUACGCGGAAGAUGGGGAAUCAUGCUCGGAGGCGUGAUGUGUAAUUUCAAGAGGGAAAUAGGAAUCUAUGAGAAAUACGAGAUGUGGAGUCGCAUACUGUGUUGGGAUCGCAAGUGGAUUUAUGUGGUGACGCAUUUUGUGAAGAAGGGGACGGUGAGACCGAGGGGGUUUGUGUUGGGGGAUGGAAGUUGGUUUGGGGGUGGGAAUGCGAGGUUUGAGGAGAGGGAGGGAGAGGGUGGAGAUGCGGUCGAGGUGGAUGAGAAAGCUAUUUUUGCAAGUGCGGUUAGUAAGUAUGUGAUGAAAUUGGGAAGGUUGACGGUUCAUCCAGAGGUGGUGUUGAAUGCUAGUGGGGUGUUGCCGGAGAGACCGGGCGGUUGGCAUAGUAUGGCUAAUUCUGGGGUUUCGACGCCGGAAAUGGAUGAGUCGUUUGUGGAGGCGAAGGUUGAGGAUGAGGAGGUUAAAGAGGGGGGAAGUGGAAAUGGAAUGGAAUUGGGGAGAGAGUCGAGAGGGAAAAUAAACGAGGAUUGA